AAAGGCAACGGGGAGGGGGGGGGGAGCCUCCCUCAGAGCCAUGCAGCGUCUGGCUGGCAGACCCGCGGCAGCCGCCUCUUCCCAAUAGUUUGUCUCAAAGCCUGAGAAAGGGAAUUUAAAAGAAGAUCUUCCCCUCCCCUCUCCGCAUUUUUUUUUUUUUCCUUCUUCCUCGGGAGUUGGCGACUCGGCUACAGAACAUGGCAGGAGCAGCGCCAGGCCGGGCGGGUUGCGGCAUCCGCGGCUGCAGCCCGGAGCCCCCGCCCUUGUUUGCGGGAAGAGCCUAACUCGGGGCGGCGGCGCCCAGUCGGCGGGGCCCGGGGCCGAAGCGGGCAUGGACCGCGGCGGGGAGCGAGCUGGCGGCGGCCGCGUGAACGCUCGAGGCAGGAAGGAGUGAGGCAGCCGCAGGAGGAAGGCGAACGGAUCCCGCCCUCCGCUCCCCCCAGCACCCGGAUCCGGUGGCUCUCUUUUUUUUUUUUUUUUUUUUUUAAUUUAAUUCCUCCCCCCUCCCAUCCCUUCCCGCGGUCUUAACCCCUCCGGUUCCCUCUCCCCUCCUCUCCCUCCCUUUUCCCUUUCCCUUCUCCCUUCCCCUCCCCGGCAGCCACACCCUCCGCGCCGCUUCCUGCGAGCCGGCGGCGCGGGGCCGCCGGGGGCGGCACAUGGUGCGCAGCCGCCGCCCCUCCGGCCCUUGCGAGCCGCUCCCGGCUGCCGCUCGCCCGCCUCGGGAGCCCGGGCACGGCGGCCACCCGGGGGGCUGUGCCCUCGCCCCGACUCCCCGCGGCUCCCCCGCUCCUCCGAGGUGCUCCUAAAGGAGGGAACUUCGCGCCGGGAUUCCCCCCUCCGCGGUGGAAAGCGAGGGAAGUGCAAGCAGGAGGGGGAAAAUAAUAACAGCGCUAAUAAACUAGCCGCGCCAUGCCCGAGCGGGGCCCCGGGGGUCCCGGCGAGCGCCGAGCCGCCGCUGGAGCGUCGUAGGAGCGGAGGCUGGCGCCGGAGCGGUGCGGGAGCCCCGGCGGAGCUCGCCCCCCGCAGCAGCCUGCCCUCGCCUCCCGGCGAUUAAUGGAAUGAUGUUGCGGAAAAGGCAGAGCGAUCCUGCCGGGCUCAGUCGGGACUGCUCGGGCGGCGGAGGCAGAGGCGGUGGCAGUGGGGUAGCGAGCGGCAUGCGAGUGCCCCCCCGGCGCUAUGGCUAGCGGCGGCUCUGGCAAGUCCAGCAGCGAGGUGUCCGGCGGCGGCGGCGUCCCCAGCAGCGGCUCCGUGCAGAGGAAGAAGCUCAUCUCUAUCUGCGACCACUGCAAGAUCAAGAUGCAACUGGUGGCCGAUCUGCUGCUGCUGUCGAGCGAGACCAGGCCGGUGAACACCGAGAGCUUGUCUGUCUUCGGUGAGUCCUUCGAGAAGUGCAGGGACACGAUCAUUGCCAGGACCAAAGGACUUUCCAUCUUGACCCACGACGUCCAGAGCCAGCUCAAUAUGGGACGCUUCGGGGAGGUGGGGGAAAGCCUGAUGGAGAUGGGGGAGCUGGUGGUCUCCCUGACGGAAUGCUCUGCCCAUGCUGCCUACCUGGCUGCAGUGGAGACUCCGGGGGCCCAGCCUGCCAUGCCUGGCUUGGUGGAUCGCUACAAGGUGACCCGAUGUAGGCAUGAGGUGGAGCACGGCUGUGGGGUCUUGAAGACCACCCCUCUGGCAGAUAUGAGCCCUCAGCUCCUGCUGGAGGUUUCCCAGAACAUGUCCAAGAACUUGAAAUUCCUGACAGACGCCUGCGUGCUGGCCAGUGAGAAAUCCAAGGAUAAAUUUGCGAAGGAGCAGUUCAAACUCAGUGUCAAAUGUAUGAGCACCAGCGCCUCCGCCCUCUUGGCGUGUGUCAAGGAGGUCAAGACUUCACCCAGCGAGCUGACCAGGAACCGCUGCGUCUUGUUCAGUGGACCUUUGGUGCAGUCUGUCUAUGCUCUGGUGGGCUUUGCCACUGAGCCCCAGUUUUUGGGUAAAGCUGCCACCAUUAAUCCAGAGGGCAAAGCUGUGCAAACUGCUAUCCUAGGAGGAGCCAUGAGCGUGGUAUCUGCUUGUGUGCUCCUGACCCAAUGCCUCAGGGAUAUAGCCCAACACCCCGAAAGUAGCACCAAAAUGAGCGAUUACAGGGAAAGGUUGAGGAACUCAGCUUGCGCCGUCUCGGAUGGUUGCAACCUGUUAUCUCAGGCACUAAGAGAAAGAUCUUCACCCAGGACUUUACCGCCAGUGAACUCCAAUUCUGUGAAUUAACCCCCACACCUUCUGUUUAGAUCCCAGUCAUUGCUAAAGGAAAAUAAUAGCCCACCUCCUCACCCCUUUUUUUGUAUACCAAAGAAUUUACUUGGAUGAGCCCAAUCCUUUGAUUUCAUGUGGUGAAGAAGCAGAACAGCAUGUUCAAACUAUACGUACUAACAAAGGUAGCCGGUUUUGGCUUCUUUUUAUUUUACUUUGAAGUCAAGGAAGUAUCUGCAGAUAAAUGUUCCUUUAUUCAACAUGGUCUUCACACAAAUGGUAACAGCAACUGUUUAAAAGUUUUAUAUUUGGGGAGGUGGGGGUAUCUUAAAAAAAAAAAAAAAAAAAGGAGAAAAAAAUAGCUUUAAUCGCGCUGGGUGCGGUUUUUAAAGUUUGUCUUGUCUUGUCUUCCGAAAUUUCCCUUCUAAAUUUUACUGUUUGGUUGUUCAGGAAAAAGGUUACCUCAGUUCUCACUCAUUUAAAAAAUGAAAAAAAACCACCACCACAUAGAUGAUGGAUGUAGCUACUAUUUUAUUUGUUUUUGUUUUGUAUGACUUUUUUUAUUUUGCAUCAAGUGUUAGGUUAGAAGUGCAUUUGGUGUGUAGGAGUGGAAGGACUGGAGGUUGUGAUUUUGUUUUCCAUGUGUUGAUUUCCAAACUGGGGGAAAAGCUACUGUGAGUGUUUAAACAAACAAACAAAAAAUUACACUAUAACAAAAGUGAUUUUUAAUUUUUUUUCCAAUGUCAGUUUUUAUCUUGCAUGUACUGGAGUAUUUAUUUCAUCUAUUAAAAUGUUAUGUUUCUCA